AGUUUCAAAUCAAAAUGCGAUUCCUCAUCUUGGCUCUCCUCGUGCUCUUCGCCAUCACCCAGGCCUACCCAUCAAGUGACUACCAACCUCGAUACCGGAAAAGUCAGACUCAAGAAGCCAACAUCCAGCCAUUCAUUCGAUUCCGUAAAUCGACUCAACCCCAGCAUAACUGGAUGUUCCGUCCGGACGUGGCUCCAUAUUUUGAGUAGACAUUUUCUGAUCUCAAUACACACCAAAAACUCACCAAUGUUAGACACAAAAAACAACCAAACAAACUCUUUUAUUUAUAUUUUUAUUAUUAUUAUCCUUCUUUUAUAUUUCGAGGGGAAAUUUGAAAUUGUGAGCACUAUUCGAUUUUUUGUCAUUCGUCGUCUGAUUCUUAAUUGAUAUUUUGAUACUAAUAAAAGAUUCAAUUGUUGU